AUGCUUAAACAGCGACAUAUUGUACAUCGUUUAAUUAGUAGCACUCGUUACUCUACUAAGAUAAAGACUCCAACCAACGCUGGAACUGCGCAUGAAGUAUCGAACAAACAAAGGAUAUUCUUCACUGAUCCGGUGUCACCAGGGUCUAUCUUCUUUCUGCCCAAUGGCACUAAAAUAUUCAACAAGCUGUUGCAAUUUAUGAAGUUACAACAGCAGCACAAGUAUGGUUUCCAAGAGGUCGUAACGCCCUUGAUCUACAGGAAGUCCCUUUGGGAGCAGUCUGGGCAUUGGGACAACUAUAAGGAUGAUAUGUUCCGAGUGAUGGGUAGCGAUACCUCGAAGGAGGAGUAUGGAUUGAAACCUAUGAAUUGCCCUGGGCAUUGUGUGAUCUUCAAGAGAUUCGACAGGUCCUACAAUGAACUGCCAGUGAGAUUGUCCGAUUUCUCACCACUACAUAGGAACGAGGCCUCAGGAGCCCUAUCGGGCCUGACCAGAGUUCGUAAGUUCCAUCAGGACGAUGGACAUAUAUUUUGCGCCCCAGGGCAGGUGGAGGAAGAGAUAAUUAAGUGCCUGAAGCUUGUCGACCUGUGCUACACCAAGAUCUUCCCACUAUCUGAAAGCUUGCAGUCUGCUGCCUACUCGUUGGAGCUUUCCACAAGACCUGAUAACUUUAUUGGGGACAUUGAGAUAUGGAAUCAUGCAGAGGACGUUUUGAAGGAUAUACUGAUGAAGAGUGGGAAAGAGUGGGAAAUAAAUGAAGGAGACGGUGCCUUUUACGGGCCAAAGAUAGAUAUAAAGGUGUCAGAUAAAUCUGGCAAAUCACAUCAGAUCGCUACGAUUCAACUGGAUUUUCAAUUACCAGAGAGGUUUGAUCUGAGAUAUAAGGAUAGAGACAAUACUUACAAGAGGCCUAUCAUGAUCCACAGGGCUGUAUUUGGGUCUCUAGAGCGAUUCCUAGCUAUGCUGAUUGACAGGAACGAAGGCAAAUGGCCGUUUUGGUUGAACCCACGCCAGGCGAUGAUAAUUCCUGUAAAUACGAAGCAAGCAGCCCAGGUCGAUGCUUCCCGUAAACUGCUGUCGUAUUUACGCCACGAAGGAGAUCCGAACGAUGACAUGCCCGUGCCCUUGAAUAGCUUCCAUUUCAAUGUCGAUAUUGACGAGAGGGCAGAGCCGGUUGGCUAUAGGAUCAAAGAUGCUUUAACAAAAGAUUAUUCAUACUUGAUUAUAAUCGGUGAUAAAGAAGUGGAAUCUUCCAAAUAUGCAGUAAGAACGAGGCAGGACCGAGCCCUGGAGCAUCUAACUAGCCAAGAAAUUUUCGCCAAAUUCAGCGAUCUGGAAAGACGAUAUGUUUAG